GGAAACCAUAAUACAGGCUUGUUCUUUGUAGAUUCAUUGAAUAUUUUUUGUUUUUAAAAGAAUAUUGAAUAAUACGGUGAAUCCAGAUUGUGACUCUUUUUUAAGCCAUGCUGUGUGAAGGACGACUGCUGAGCAUGACGUACUUUGACAUGGUUGAGGAGCAUGACCCACCGGCUCUUCAGACAUCCUUGAAGUGUGCUCAUGGUCCACCUGAACCAACCCCUGUGCCUGCCCCCAUCAGACUCCCUCCACCUACUGUUCAAAGUUCCCUGGUACAAGCAGGUGCCGCAGACAGCACAGCUUCACUGGAGUUGUACAUUUCUCCUUUGCAGUCCUUGGAUCUCCAGGGGAUCCUCAUAGCGAGACAGAUCUCUCCAAAAAUAGAGAUCCCAGCCCAGGCUUGCUCGGGUGGGGAAGCCCCGUUCUUGGUUCCUUCCUCUUGUCAGAGCAUCUGCAAAAACUACAGCGACCUCCACAUUGGAGGAGACCAGGUGCUGCCUCUGUCAGCCAACCAAAGCGAGCUACGAGUCUGUCCUGAAGCACAGGCUGUCCGCCCUUUCCUCCAGUCUUGUGACGUCCCCCCAGAUGAGGAGGAUUCUCUGCUCGGACAAGCUCUCCAGGCUGGGCAACUGCAUCCUUUAAGAAAAGGUUCAAAUCGUUGGCGACAGGGAAGCGGUCGAGAUUGGAGUGUUUUGUUUCAAGGACAUGAAGGGCCAUUUUCUAACUCCCUUCUAAACCAUUACCUGGAGCAAAAGAUCUUGGAUCUGUACCAGCAAUACAUCAUGGAGAAUGUGGAGAGGCAAGGAACUCUGGCCUCUGAAGCAGGCAACAUUUUCCCUCUUCUGGGCUCAGAGCUCGUCCUGACCAGCCUGGACCAGAUCACCUUGCAGCUCAGUCGGGAAGGUAACCUGGAGGCCGGCUUGGCCAAGGACAUGGUCCUGAGCUGCUUGCUGAGGGUGGCUGGUGACAUGCAGUCAAGUGAGAUCAGCACUCCCUUUCUGCAGUUUUCAAAUGAAGCAUCCGCAGAGCAGCUUGCAGAGAAAAAAGAGGAGUAAUCUCAGGGUCAAGGAACACUCAAACAAGUCUCCCUUUCAUUUAACUUCCAAGAAAACAAAAUGUGACUGCAUUUUUUACUCUGAUUAUCUAUUGAAAGGAUUUUUAAAUCAAAAUCUGAGAGCAGACAUUAAUCAGUUACUGUGAGGGUGUGGUGUAAAGAUAUAACUACCUUUAACACUCAAACUUGUGCUGGACUUUUUUAAUUCUCUGUGAAACUAACGUUACAAAGGAACUGAAAACACAAGCUGAUACUUCUCCUUUUUGCUCACAUAAAAACAGUAGUUUAGACUGAACAACAACAACACACUUUCAGACUAUGUAUUUAAUUUAUGUCAGCUAUGUACAUCAGAAUUUAAUUGAAAAAGUUUGUGGAGAAAAAAAUGAACAUUGUGUCCGUCCUCCAAUAGUUUUUUUUCCUGUCUAACGAAAUAAAAACAUCAGUAGUAAAACUUAGAAGCAAUCAACACUGUCAGUAUUUACUGGAUUUUUUGAGUCAUAACACCAAGUAUAUUAAAAAUAUUUGUAAGAAAAUAUUUUUAUACUAUUGUAUUACAAAAUAAAUCCCCAAAAAACUGACUGAAGAUUAAUAAAUACAACUGUUUGACAAAUGAAACA